CACGUAGCAUCACGCUGGGUACCGUCGACGCUUUUACUUGUUGCGCAUCGCUGUGAACGUGAAAUAGAACUUCGAAACGUGAUAGAUUUCCACUUUGUUGCUGUCGAUCACUGACAAUAUGACAGUAGUUUUGUUCAAAGGCUAGUAAGAUGUAGAACUGAAAAUAAAUAAAAUUAUGCCUGGUUAUUCCCUCUCUGAUCGUAGUUAAGUAAUGAACUGAAGAACACAUAUUUGUGCUAAUUGUAGUGGACAUAAUUCUUCCUUCUAAAUUCAUUAAGUGCUUUGAACAAAACAGUUUCACAUAACAAUUUGUAAAUGGUGACUUUUUGUAGCAAUGGCACAGAACGCCAGAGGCAUGUGUUCGUGUUGUUUGCGUGCCUUAUUGCUAUCAGUCACUUGAGUUUUACAACGGCUAGGACACUAAAAGGAGUUUUAAGUUCAGAUGCUGCCCGAAGGGAAAGGGGACAGUACCUUUCUUCAUUUACCUUCCAUGGUGAGGCAGUCAUAAAUAUAACACUCAAUGCCACAUCACUUGCACAUGGGCGUCUGCUGCUGUAUCACAGAGAAGACUGGCAUGAUGCUGUUGAUGAUGAUGACUGCAUUCGCCGAAUUGGCAAAGCUAGGAUGGUCUACCUUCUGAAAACAAAACAGAGUGAAAAUAAAGUGCCUCAUUCAUCAUACCCUCGCAUCUGGCACCUGAUCUAUGUUGAUGAGCAUACAUGCCAGGAUGAGGAUGCAGGUGGGAUUUCUGCUAUUCUGCCACCACCACGAGACUACCUACAGUAUGAAAUACUGCUGCUUAAUCCAGAUGCCCUGGGCAACCCACUGGAACACUUUGGGGAUGAAGAGACAGGUCUCCUGAGAUUUUACCAGCUGUUAACUGUGGCAUACUUUGUGGUGGCCUGUGCAUUUGCUCCACGUCUGCACCAGACUUUAUCCAAAGGAGGGCCUAUGCAGCUGGUGAUCCAGCUCCUUACAGUCUCCGUGUGUCUGCAGGCUGUGGGAGCUUUCUUCAAUGUUGUUGAUCUGAGCAGAUACUCUAAAGAUGGCAUAGGAUUACCUGCACUAGAAGUCACUUCAGAGAUGUUUGAUGUGCUUUCACAAUUCACUAUGCUUAUGAUGUUGCUGAGUCUCUCGCUGGGGUGGACACUGGCUUCAGCGCAUUCUGUGUGUCGCUACUCUCACUUUCGAUCCCUGGCACAGAAACCAGCUGCACAUCUUGUGGGAGUUCUUGGAUUUCUGCAGGGUUUGCUGUUUUUUUGGGAGCAGUAUGAAGGACAAGAAAGUCGAAUGUACUAUGCACAUCGGAGUAUGUUGGGAGUGGGACUAAUAAUUCUCCGAAUUUUGCUGGCUGCACUGCUGGCUUGGAAUCUCUACACAACUAUUCGUGCUGAACGUAGUGCACUCAAAAGGGAAUUUUAUGCUUCAUUUACAAAGUCUUGCAUGUUAUGGUUCCUCUGUUAUCCGGUGAUUGUUCUCAUCUCAAGGAUAUUUUCUGAAUAUUUGCAGUAUAAGCUCAUCACUAUGGGUGUCUCAGUAUGUCAGUCAGUGGCAGGUAUUUUUCUUUAUCGUUUGUUCUUGUCUCGGAGUCUAUACUGGGAAGUAUCUGCCCUCUCAAGCACACUACCCCUGCGGUUUGACCGAAGUUUCAGCCUGAAAAUAUACUCCUGACAAAGACUUCAUCAUGUGUUGGAUUCAUAUUGAAGUUUUGUAUUAACUCGCUUGGCAUUAACACUGAGCAUCAUGCUGGCUUAAAAAAUUGUGCGAAAACUGUUAACCCUAAGUCAUGGUAAUGUGACUUGACCCCAUAUGCACCGGUAAGUUUGAGUAACACUCGCCAUUAACCUUUUACAUAGACUUCAAGGCCCAAGUAAUACUCGUCUCAGGCCUAAGUAAUGCAUCCUGGUCUUGCAGAUGUGGUGAGGCAAAGACGCCUUUCUAGCACUAGGAAUGUUAUUUUUGUCUGUAAAGACAUUAGGUGCUGUCAGCAUUUUGGCAUCGUCUUGCAAGUCCUGAGCCAGUGAUAGAAUGUAGUAAAUGACUCAAAUAGCAGUCUGGAUGUCUUCAUUUCCUAUGUAUGAUCUGCUUGCGUUAUUGGGGCAUUUUUGUCUCCAUGUAUUUUGAAGUCAUAGCCAUAUACAAAUCAAAGCAACAGAUGCCUUCCUGUACUUGGUCAGUAAAAAGAUAAUAUUUGCUGGCAUCCAAGAAGAGUGUUUUGGUGAUUAUGAUGUGAAGUGUGUUAGGAUGUUGGUGUGACUAGGAGGUAUAUUUAUCCUGUUGUAUGUAAAAUGACCUCCAUCUCCCAGAAGCAAGUGUGUGCUGUUGAUAAUUAUAUUGCACAUUCUAAGUCAGCAACCCUUUGUUGUCAUUUUCAUAUUUAUGAAUGUGGAAUUCAGUAAUGAAAAAAAUUUUUUUUUAUAACUUCAAUAUUAAUCUAGUGAAAGUGUGAGUUUUUAACAAAAAUUCAUGCCAUGCCUCUUUGCAAUAAUGAUUACAUCUAGCUUUCACUAUUUCUGCAUUUGUUUUCUGAGCUGUAAGGGAAUAGCUCGUAUUUUUUUCUUUUGAUGGUUGUCUGGUAUUAACUGUGCUUCAGGUUGUAUGUUGGCAAAUGAUACCAUUUUGUGUUCCUGCGUUGUUUUGAGAUCAUAUUUUGACUCUAAUACUGAAUAGUGUACUAUUUUUGUAUAGACAAUAACCGGUGACUCUUACUCACCAUAUCGACACACUCCAAGUAUGCAGGUUUUAAGUGCAUUACGAUCUCAUUUUCAGACUUCUAGAUGCUUUGUAAUCAUCACUGAUACAGCAUAUCAUCUAGAUCAUUCCUGCCCCCUUCUCAUAAAAUUCUGUGUUGGGAGAGGCAGGGGACUGAUACACCCACAGCUCAAGGUUGUGAACUCUUUGAGACAAUGUUAAUCUCUAUUAUGUCAUUCUACUCACAGCAAACUAAGUGCUCAUUUACACAAGUAAUUUUGUUUGAAGUUUCAGUUAUUACGCUAGAUUUGCAUAGUUUUCCUUAUUAAUCUUGAGAUUCCAAGAAGAAACAUAGUUGAAAACUGUUUUUAAAUUGCUUAAGGUACUUGAAACUAAGAAUAGAGUAACAUUUACUGCUAUUGUUUGAUUUGUGUGAAAAAUGGUAUGGAGCAGAGAAAUAACCUAAAUAUGA